AUGGCUUGCAAUGAGACUAUUUCGUACGCUGUCGGUUCACACGGCGGAGCAGCSCAUUGGUUUAUCGUUGGAACAAGUUUUUGUCUUGGUGUGAUGGCAAUAACGGGUAACAUAAUGGUUCUAUUCGCUGUCUACAGUUCAAAAAAUUUGAAAACCAUCUCGAACUAUUUUCUGUGUUCUCUAGCCGUUGCCGACCUUUGGGUUGGGUGUUUUCAUACACCAUUUUACACAAUACURAUGGUUCUGGAUACUCCAAGCRAGGGAGGUAUCCUCAAAUUCGAUUUCUUCAUUUGGUUACAUAUUCUGUUCACAUCUACCCUAAGUCUGUGUGCUAUAAGUGUCGAUCGAUAYUUCGCUGUCAAAUGGCCGCUGAAAUACAUAAGACUCGUCACAAUCAAGCCGUGCAUAGUAAUCAUCACAGUGAUUUGGACAAUUGCUACAUUUUUCGCCUUUCCUGCCGUAUUUAUCAGCAAUUUGAGGACAUGGAGUGGCUACAUUGCAUUUUGUGCGCUAUUAACCAUGUCUGUACCGUUAUUAACCGUUACCWCGUGCUAUAUUGAAAUUGUGAAGAUUUCCCGAAGCAAAUCGACAAGAGUUGAAAACAUCAACAAAAUCAACAUUCAGCAGAGAAAGAACCACCUAAAGAACAAGAAAGCUGUAACAACAUUUGCUAUUAUUACUAUAGUUUUCCUCGUCGCGUUUACUCCAAACUUUGUGUUCGCCCUGUGGUUUUUCUUUACUGAAACUUGUAAAGAAGAAUACGAUGUCUUUAGGCGAUGGACUGUGUCGUUAUUUGUCAUGUUUUCGAGUUCUUCUGCAAAUCCUAUGAUUUAUGGCUUCAGAAAUAAAGAAUUCAAGACAGCGUUUAAAAAGAUGAUUUUAAAUYCAUUUAAAUCUUGUGAAGUUCAAGAGCAACGCRUUGCAAAUAAUGAAAGAGUUGAUGAACGGAAUGCUGAUGAGGCACUUUCAUUGGCCUAG